UGCGCCUGGUGGCGCCGGGCUGGAGUGAGUUGCCGAGAAAGCAGCGUGGCCGCUCGGCAGAGUUGGAACGGCUCCUUCUGCACAGAGCCGAGGGCGGGGAAAGCCUGAGCAUGCAGAGUGCCAAGAGCAUGCGUCUCUGCCUGGCCGUCCUGCUCCUCCACCUCCUGGGACAGGUGGCUGGGACUGAGCACUGUGCCACUCCGUGCCCGACCUCGUGUCCCGAGAAGCCCGUCUGCGCUCCCGGGGUGCCGGUGCUCCGGGACCAUUGCUCGUGCUGUUUGGUGUGCGCCCGCCAGCGCGGCGAGGGCUGCUCGGACCUGUACCCGUGUCAGGAAGGCAGCGGCCUCUUCUGCGACCGCAGCGCCGACCCCAGCAACCGAACUGGCAUCUGCAUGGUGGUAGAAGGAGAUAACUGUGUGUUUGCUGGGAUCAUCUAUCAAAGUGGAGUGACCUUCCAGCCAAAUUGCCAGUUCCAGUGCACCUGCCAAGAUGGGCAGGUGGCCUGUGUACCCCGCUGUGAUGAGGACGUGCUAAUGCCUGGCCCUGAGUGCCCAGUUCCAAGAAAAGUUAAAGUGCCCGGGGAGUGCUGUGAAAAGUGGGUCUGUGACUCAAAUGAUACCUUCCCAGAUUUCCUCACUCUUCCAGCCUACAGGUCAGAAGACGCUGUCAAAGUUACUGUCUCGGAGACCAGUUUCAAUUGUAUUGAGCAGACGACAGAGUGGAGUGCAUGUUCCAGGAGCUGUGGCAUGGGCAUCUCCACCCGGAUCACCAACAAGAAUGCACAGUGUGAGAUGCUGAAAGAGACUCGGCUCUGUAUGGUGCGACCCUGUGGACAAAACUUCAAACAACCCAAACUUAAGAAGGGAAAAAAAUGUCACCGCACCGUUAAGUCACACAAAUCCAUCCACCUGCAUUUUGACAACUGCACGAGCGUGGAAACCUACAAGCCCAGAUUCUGUGGCACAUGUAUUGAUGGCCGCUGCUGUACCCCUCACAGCACCAGAACCAUGUCUGUAAACUUUGAGUGCUUCUCAGGAGAUGUCGUCCAGAAACCAGUGAUGCAGAUCCGGUCCUGCAGUUGCCACACCAACUGUCCUCAGAUUGAUCCCUUCCUCCAGGACUUGAAGCGAAGCACCCACUAAGGAGGAUGUGAUGGUUUCCUCCAGAAGCAAACACCAGCAAAGCAUGACCACCUACAAAUGAAUAUACCCAGAUAACGAACAAUUAGUAUUUACCCCUGAGUCCUAUGCAUUUUCUGUGGUCAUGUGAGGUCAGUUAUAUCUGUCUUUUUCUUUAACUGUAAACUUUGAAUCAAAGUAAGCUCAGGAUAAGGCUUCAGGUUGACUUGCUUUUUUGUGGUGUUUGAUACACAUGAAGAUUUCUGUAGACUUAAGAAAUCAGAUAAUAGUUUGACAUUAUAGACUUUGUCACAUUACACUCAUUAUUUUACGUAUUAGUGCAAUUUUGUGAAAAUAUAUUAUAAGAAAUGACACCGUUUGCAGUCCAGAAUCAAACCUGUCUUUCAUACAAAUACUUCACAAUAUACUGAGAUUUAAAUUGAGAGUUCUCUGAUGAGUUCUCUUUUUGAGUAGUUCAACUCUAAAAUGUCAACUCUAAGGUUUGAAAAACCAUCUUCCACUUGACGCUCAAAGACUCUUUGUUUUCUGUUUAGUUGCGUCUAUAAUAAGAAACUUGCUUUAUCUACAGUAAUGAAAUAUUUGUUAGUUAAGUGGACCUGCCAAGCUCCAUGUGAGAUACACCAACUCCUUUCCAAUAGAAAGAAGCUAGCAGAAAACUCAUGUAGAUACAGAGAUGACUGGGCCAGACCAGCCCUCAUAGAUAUACUUGAGGCUAUUAGGACUCAUUCUUUUUUUAAACUCAGAAAAAGCAGAGCAUAGUGGCACUGAAUUCUCAUUUCACUGAGAAGCAAAAUGAGGCCCAGAACCCUGACUACAGCCUUUGAUUAUUUUCAAAUGUACUUGAAAUAGAAUUUUGAAAUACAUAAUUAUGGCUGGGGAUAUAGAUCAGUGGCAGAAUAUAUGCUUCAUCUGUAUAAGACCUUGAGGUAAAUCUCUGCCACUGUGCAAGCAUGCACGCACGCUUGCACACAUACACACACAAAAAGCAAAACUGACAUGACACACAUGUGUAUGUACAUAACAUAUAACAAAAAAAUCAAAAUUGACAUGACUGUGAUAGCAGGAUACCAAAAACUUUAUGGGUUUAGAAUUAUUGUAGAUAGUUCCAGAACUUAUCCCUGGGUCAUAUUAUGCAAACUGAUCUACAAGAUAUAUGUCUGUACAAGCAUGUAUCUGAUGUGUCAAGCUAUAAGAUCAUUGACAAACUUAAAAGUGCACAUUUUUCUAAUGUCAUCAUUUGUUUUCCACCUCUCUCCUACAAAGUAUUUAUAUAAAUUAUAUAAAAUUUCCAUACUUGUUACGC